AUGACGGAGAACGAAGACGGACUGGACUACCUUCGAAUUCCAUAUGAGAAGAUCAAGUUUGGUAAGAAACUUGAGGUUCAGGGCUAUGGAACUGUGUUCGAAGGAGAAUUUGACGAUCGACGAGUGGCGUUGAAACAGCUGAACAUCACGAACCUUGGUAACGUUAAACCAACGCUUUUAGCUGAGAUUUUAACAAUUUCUCGGUUCCGGCGACAUCCGAAUCUUGUGGCUCUUCUCGGAUUUUGUGACGAGAAGAUCAACGAGAUAAUACUGAUUUACGAGUAUGCAUUGAGUGGAAAUCUAGCUGAUAAGAUGAGGAAGCGUCUCACGACGAUCCAGCGUCUCGAGAUCUGUCUCGGUGCUGCUCGUGGACUGGAUUAUUUACAUACCGGCGUUGACGCUACCACUCCAGGUAUCACUCACGGUAACAUCAAACUUGCAAAAAUUCUGUUGAAUUCAGAUUCGAAUUCAUCGAAAUUUGAAGCGAAGGUUUCGAGUUUUGGAUUGUCCAAAAUACUGCCUGGACAAGCUCAGAAGAUUCUAGAAUCCACGGAUACAGCGGAUGAAGUUACAGAGAGAGUGACGAAGGAAUCCGACGUUUACUCUUUCGGUGUGCUGUUACUUGAAGUGCUGUGCGGUGUGCCGGAGUUGGUAGAUACCGACGAUUAUCAGGAACGGCAUGUUACCGAAUUGGUUCCGAAGAGACUGGAACAAAAUAAAUUACGCAAAAUCGUGCACUUCGAUAUAAGAAAAGAGAUCAAAACAGAAUCAUUGGAAACAUACGCCAAAAUCGCGUGCCGGUGUGUGCUGAAAAGCUCUGAAGAACGACCUUCCAUGGCUCAGGUCGUCGAGGAACUCGAGAAAGCAUUGAGACUGCAGGGAGGGGAGGUCUCUGAUGUCCAAAUUGUUGGUAGCCGGACCAUCGACGGUGCACCAGAUGGAACAGUCGUCGCUCCACCAGAAGACGGUAGUAGUGUGAUGGCGGAUUCAGAAUUAGAUGACGCCGGCCGCGAGGUGAGCGUCGUUGGUGCAAUUUCAGAAUCUACCGAUGCUGAGGAAAAUGCAGCAGGUGAUGUUAGCAUGCAAGAGCGAAGCUUUCCUGUUCCAAUUUCAAACGGUAUAAAUGUAGAGAGUGUACCCGACAUAACCCAUAUCGAGGAUGCUCAAAAGGACAACAUCAACGAUCUAGAGGCAUCCGAAGAAAUCGCAGACGAUUCAAACUCCAAAGAAAAAUCAAAGGCCAACGGAGAGAGGAAAGACCAAAGUAAGAUCAUUGCUACAUCUUCAGAAUCUAGCAAUGGUGACACCAGUACCACAGAUCAUUCGUUGAACCAGGAAGUGCAGAACUCCGGGUUUCUGGAGUCAAGUAGCAGGAACUGUGAUAAUAUACCAAACCAAAACCAAGAUGGGUUCAGCAACGAACUGGAACACCUUCGAAUUCCAUACGAGAAGAUUAUUUUUGGUAAGAAAAUCGACAUUCAUGGUUACGGGAGCAUGUUCGAAGGAGAAUUCGAUCAUCAACAAGUCGCAUUGAAAUGGUUAAAUAUCACGAACCUCGCUCACAUUAAAUCCAACCUUUUAGCAGAGAUUCUAACGGUUGCUAGGUUCCGACAACACCCCAACAUUGUUGCUCUUCUCGGGUUCUGUGACGAGAAGAGCAACGAAAUAAUACUUGUUUACGAGUAUGUCUCAAGUGGGAAUCUAGCCGAUAAGAUGAGUAAACAUCUUACGACAAUCCAACGCCUCGAGAUCUGUAUUGGUGCUGCUCGUGGACUUGACUAUUUGCAUACGGGUGUCAACUCUACACCCGGUAUCGUUCACGGUGACAUCAAACUUCCAAAAAUCCUGUUGAAUUCACAUUCAACUCCAUUAAAAUUCGAAGCUAAGGUUUCGGGUUUUGGAUUAUCCAAACUACUUCCCGGACAAGCUCAGAAGACCCUCGAUCCCACGGAUAAGGCGUCUGAUGUUUACUCUUUCGGUGUGCUUUUGCUUGAAGUUUUAUGUGGGGUGCCGGAGUUGGUUGAUACCGAUGAUUAUCAGGAACGCCAUGUUACCGAGUUGGUCCCUAAGAGGCUGGAACAGAAUAUAUUACGCACGAUCGUGCACAUCGAUAUUAGGGAUGAAAUAACAACAGAAUCCUUGGAAACUUAUGCCAAAAUUGCGUGCUUGUGCGUGAUGAAAGACCCCGAAGAACGCCCAACUAUGGCUCAGGUCGUCGAAGAACUCGAGAAAGCAUUGAAAUUACAGGGCAGAGAAGUCUCAGAUGUCCUUAUACUUGGUAGCAGUAAUGGCAAUGUUCUACCUGAAGAAACCAUCGAUGAGGAUGAUCAGAAAGGGGAUGAUGAUGGUGAAACAAAGAAAUCGAAUAUAGAAGAGAAAUUUUCCGAGGUCAAAGAGACUAUCGAUGAUCGGGUGUUAAGUGAUCGCUUAGAUUUAGCUCGAGAAAAUAAUGGAGACGAGGACACGAGCGUUGAUACAUCUUCAGAAGAUAGAAAUGGAGAGAAGGAUGCAGCUAAAGAUAUUACUACGCAAGAACAAAGCUUUCCUGUCACAAUUUUAGGUGGUGAAGAUGGUGAACGAGUAGACAAAAGCUGGACAAAUGAUCCUGAGAGGGGUGUAGAAAUCAUAGAUGAUCUGAAGUUGAAAGAGGAAUCAGAGAUCAACAGGGAACAUGAAGUCGAUAACAAAAGCAAGAUCGCUACCAUAUCUUCACAAUCUAACGAUGGUAAGAACAGAGCUACGGAGAUUAUAAUGAAAGUGCAGAGCUCCGGAAUUCUGGAUUCAGGUAGUGCGAAUGCCGGAAAAGAAAACAGCACGUUGUUGAACCUACACGAUGACAUCGAGAAGAAACCUGAGUCGAUCAUCCAUAUAAAUGUAAGAGAAGGAGAUUUCAAUGAUUUUACGACCAACAACAAGUUCAAAUCCAUCCAAGAAUCUGAAAGCAAGGCAGGUGAUGAUAGUAUUAGUACAUGUUCAGAGUCUAGCAAUGGCGAUGGCACAACUCCCUCUGAUCAUUUGCUGCAAAAGAGUCCAGCCAACGGUAUUACCACGAAAAAACCAUCAACAAGUGAUUCCAGAAGCUGUUGUUCCUGUUCUUGGUGGCGCUUCUUCUCUCACAGAGUUGUUUUGUGCGGAGGGCAAUUUUGGAAUAAAGUGGUGUCCUGCUUCAUAUGGAUGAAAGGCUUGUUUUCUAACAAACACGAUUGAGAAUGCAGCACAUCGACCUCAUCGACACACAUUACGUACAAGAUUGGGUGUGAUUGUCGUUUUGUUUAUAAGGUAUUCUUAACAUGAGUGAGAGAGAGAUGUUUUUGGUUUAUCGGGUGACCUACGUGUUGAAAUUCUGGUGUGUUUUGAGUGUCCGGGCAAAUUGAAUCAGAGUCGGAACGUAUUUUGGAUUGUGUAAAUCGCAUUUUAUGAGUAAUAUUUUGACCUUUAUAAAAGAAA